AUGGCAGACAACGAAAGGGUCUACUACUCUACCGGUAGAGGAGGUGCCGGGAAUAUCACGUCCUCAAAACAAGUGCCUUCUCCAAAACUCGUUCCUCAAGGCUCCAAUACUCCACAAUUGAAUAAUGAUUUCAUCAGUACAGGAAGAGGAGGAUUUGGAAAUAUCGUUAAAAAUGAUGAUCCCAAAUUGACCCGAAAGUUGCAAGAUGUCGAUGGACACAAUGAAAUCCAUCCUGUCACCUCCAACAAGUCUUUUAUUGGAAGAGGAGGAUACGGGAAUUUCAUCAACGCCGACAAAAAGAAAGACAGAAGAGACUCGAGUCCAGAAAACUUGUACACGGUGGUUUCCAAUGGCCCUGACAACCCAAACAGCAAGUCUUUCCUCUCCAAAGUUACUGGCUUCUUCAAAAAGUAG